UAAAUGGUCAGCACCGACAAAGGAAAAGGACUCAACAAAGCUACAGUCCAUGGCGACUCAACCUCUUCUUCUUCUUCUUCUUCCUCUGCUACUCUUCUUUCUGUUACAGCCCUGGACCUUACAGCUUGUGCUGUCUGCCUCCAUAGUCAACUAUCUCCCUGGUUUUCAAGGACCUCUGCCUUUUCAUCUCGAAACAGGGUAUAUCGGAGUGGGUGAAUUGGAGGACGCCCAGAUUUUCUACUACUUUGUAAAGUCGGAGAGAAGACCAGACAAAGAUCCUCUGUUGUUGUGGCUCACAGGUGGCCCUGGUUGCUCUGCUUGGUCUGGCCUUGUCUAUGAAAUAGGUCCACUAAAUUACAAGAUUGAGAAAUACAAUGGAAGCCUACCCAAGUUGAUCUUGAAUCGCUACUCCUGGACAAAGGUGUCCAAUAUAAUAUUUGUAGACUCACCGGUUGGUACUGGAUUUUCAUAUUCAAAAACUUCAUCACUAAAUCACUGGAAUGAUUUUAAACAACUGGACGACCUUUACCAAUUUUUCAAAAAGUGGCUGAUUAAUUAUCCAGAGUUUAUCUCCAAUCCUGUGUAUAUUGCUGGAGAUUCUUUCGCUGGGAUGAUUGUCCGUGCCCUUUGCCAACUAAUCUCAAAUGGGAUUAAGGAAAGCACCAUACCAUCUAUAACUCUAAAGGGAUACAUACUUGGGAACCUCUAACAGAUCAUUCAACAAACCAAAAUUACAAAAUCCCAUUUGCACAUGGAAUGGCACUUAUUUCUGAUGAACUCUACAAGUCCCUGGAGGAUAGUUGCCAAGGAGAGUAUAAGAACAUAGAUCCCAACAAUAUCAAGUGUUUAAAAGCUUUCCAAUACUACCAAAAGAUCUCUUUCUCAUGUGUUGAGAACCAGCCCACACUAGUUCUAGAUUGAUCAAAGGCUUGGUGAGGAAGACUGUGUUGCUAAUCUAGUUCAAUCUCUUGAUAAUACUCUGCUACAGAAAGGAAUCAAGAGUUAGAGAGAUUGAAGGAAGGAGUUGUUCCAGUUCCGCUGCGUAUUCGGAAGUAUACAUGAAUGGCUGCGGUGCAAUACUGACAUAUUAUAUCAAUAUAAAAUAGACAUUCUAAGCAGUUUCCAGUAUCAUGUAAACCUUAGUGCUAAAGGUUACAGAUCUUUAAUAUACAGUGGAGAUCAUGACAUGGUUGUUCCGUUCUUGGCAACUCAAGCAUGGAUAAAGUCUUUAAAUUACUCCAUUGUAGAUGAGUGGAGGUCAUGGAUUGUUGAAGAUCAAAUUGCAGGGGAGCAGGGCACACAGCUCCCCAGUACAAGCAAAAGGAAUGUUUUGCAAUGCUGUAAAGGUGGAUCGAUGGUAAACCUUUGUAAUGAAUUUAUUUAUUUUAAAAAAAAUUAUCCCUAUUUUGUAUUUGUGUUCCUUCUAAUGCAAAACUAAAAAAAAUAAACCAGAGAUUCAUAGUUUAUAUGAACUCUCUAAGUUUGUAAAAUUAUUUAUAUUAUCUAUCACACAAUUAAG